AUGGGUGCUGAUGGAAGUCUCAACUCCACCUUGAAUGAAACAGCUAAUCCUGGCGCUUGCCCUGUACAUUACGAAACAACGGCAACACAAACCAUAAAGACACUGGCUUACUGUGUUAUUAUUUUACUCUCGCUAGUUGGAAACUCAAUAGUAAUAUUUACAGUGUGGAGAAACAACAGUAUGCGAAGCGUCACCAAUCUCUUCAUCGGAAACCUGGCCGCCAGUGAUCUUUUAAUCACGUUCCUUGGAAUGCCAAACAUGAUAACUCAGCUUUAUCUCGGACAAAAGUGGAUUUUCGGAGAGGCCAUUUGUAAGAUUGUGGUCUUUUUUCAGAGUGUUUCCGUAGCAAGCUCUAUUUUGACUCUGCUGGCGAUUUCCUUCGAUCGUUUCUGGGCCAUCAUCUUCCCAUUUAAAAGACGGCCAUCGUUCUUUGCGGCCAGAUUAAUGCUCGGUGUCACGUGGGUGAUUUCUCUGGCAGUAAUGGCUCCGUUUCUGUACGCGCAAAGAGUUGUAGUUGUUGCAGAUGGGUACGAGAUGUGUAUCGAAGAUUGGGCCCCCGCUUUUAACCCCCAAACUGCAGCAAAGGACUACACCUUAAUACUCUUCGUGACAUUGUACGCCUUUCCGUUACUUACAAUGCUCUUCAUGUACUCAUUCAUUGUCUCUAAACUAUGGAAAAGGCAAAUUCCGGGUUUUCGUUCAAGCGGAGACGAGAUCAGAACGCGCACAUUGAGGAAAAAAGUCGUCAAAAUGCUUAUAACAGUGAUAACUCUGUUCUGCGUAUGUUGGCUGCCUCUUCACGUGUACCUGUUUAUAGUUUUCUUCGCCUAUGAUAAAAUACCCUGUUUUGACUCCUCUCUGAGCUUUUAUUUCACUUCCCUGUUCUUAGGACAUGCAAAUUCGGCCAUAAACCCAUAUUUGUACGCGUUAUUUCAUCGGAAAUAUCGAGAGGGAUUCAAAGCGGCUUGGACAUGCUCCGCUAUUAUCCCGGAUGAUAUGGGUUUUAGCAGGACUUACAGUCGCCGCCGAAGCUCGUCUAAUAUCACGUGGUUAACAAGAUCUAACAGAUCGCUGAUGAUCGACCGUCGAUUUAGCACCGCUGCCAUUAGCGAAAAACGCCGUCUAAGUGCAGUUACCAUCGCCGAAAAACGCCGUUACAGUACGGCUACCAUGCCAGGAACCACAAGGAAUGCUUUGUCGAGAAAACAAGGCACAGUUACGAAACCUGUCAAUGUCUAA